CAAAGUACAAAAACUGUCUCUGAUACCGGCACAAAGAACAAGUUGGAGCUCUGAGAUGCGUGCUGAGCAAAAGCUCUGAGGCUGUCAGAGGCAGAGACAAACUGCGAAACGAGAAAGAGAAGUAGAUACUGAGUGACUCAGUCAGUUUGUAAUAGAAAGAGAGAGAAGGAGUGUGGGGGGGGGUCGGACAGGAAACAGACCCUGAGGACAAACUGUGAAACACACUCACAUUGUCACACACAGCCGGAGAGAAGCUAAACUUAACUACAAUCCUGCUUCUGGGAAGAAGCCUGGUGGUUUGUGGUUAAAACCUUGUGAGACGUGGAAGGCUGAUGACAACCCUGAUGCUUUGUAACUGAAAAGGACAAAAACAGAAGAUUGAGUUUUGACAAAGAGUAGGGAUUUUGCCAUGAGGACACCUUCCUAACGGACCUAGAUGUGGAUAUACCAUCAUUCCUUUUGUGGACUCAGCAACUCAUGGUGGUGGGGGACCUCUUAAGUGAAAAGGACACGCAUUUGUGUGACAGAUUUAUCUGAGUAAGUACAGCUCAGCCUGCAACUUGUGGGGUGCAGCCUGGUGGAGAGACAUCGCAGGGGGAGGGGAGGACGCUCCAGCCUGGUUCUCUGUCCUCUGGGAGGGGUCUUUUCAACAUGAGGUAACCCACAAAAUAACUACAUGAGGAUCAGGGGUGGGAAUGAUGUUGACCAUGUGCUGCACUCCUCUUUAACAUGGACAGUUGUGCUCUGUGCUAAUGGCCUUUAGUCUCAGAUGACAGUGUCUUUCAAUGUAUCCUGAGACAGGACUGUUCGUUGCUUUACUUGCCAUUCACGGUGGAUUCAUUGUGCAGAGCAGCCCUUUCAUUAUAUAGCUAUUACAUAAUAGACACCCCUCAUCACUCCGCUCUUUGUCUCUCAGAAUGAGCAACACUACAUUAAACUGCUCCAAGAACGAUGGAUUCAAAUAUCCGCUGUACAGCACCAUCUUCAGCAUUGUGUUUGUGGUGGGACUGAUCACCAAUGUUGUGGCCAUUUACAUAUUCACCUGCUCUCUGAAACUGAAAAAUGAAACCACAACCUACAUGAUAAACUUGGUAGUAUCUGACCUGCUGUUUGUUUUCACCUUGCCUCUGAGGGUCUUCUACUUCAUCAACAGGAGUUGGCCUUUUGGAAGCACACUCUGCAAGGUCUCCGUCUCGCUGUUUUACACAAACAUGUAUGGCAGCAUGCUCUUUCUCACCUGCAUUAGCGUGGAUCGCUUUUUGGCCAUUGUGCACCCUUUUCGCUCAAGGACGCUUAGGACCAAGCGCAAUGCUAAGAUAGUGUGUAUUGCAGUAUGGGUGCUGGUUCUUUCAGGGAGUCUCCCCACAGGGUUCAUGUUGAAGAGCACCUCCAACAAGACAAACAAUGACAAUACCACAUUCUGCUUCGAGAACUUCUCCUCCGAUCAGUGGAAGUCUCACCUGUCUAAGGUAGUGAUUUUCAUAGAAACAGUGGGCUUCAUCAUCCCGCUGCUACUCAACGUAUGUUGCUCCAUCAUGGUGUUGCAGACCCUGCGUCGCCCCCAAACCAUCAGUCAUGGAGGGAAGCUCAACAAAACCAAGAUCCUGCGCAUGAUAAUUGUGCACCUCUUUAUUUUCUGUUUUUGUUUUAUCCCCUACAAUGUAAACUUGGUUUUUUAUGCACUGGUCCGCACUAAAACCUUGAAAGGCUGUUUUGUGGAGUCGGUGGUCCGAACCAUCUACCCAAUAGCCCUCUGCAUUGCUGUUUCCAACUGCUGCUUUGAUCCCAUUGUGUACUACUUCACCUCGGAGACCAUCCAGAACUCCAUCAAGAGGAAGUCUCAGGUCAGUCGUUCAUAUGACGUCAAGUUCUCAGAAGCCCUGCAGUCAGAAACCAGCUCCAACCUGCAGUGCAGCCUGAGGAAUCUCAAAGCUAAAGUGUUCCACAAUGAGUCUUCAGUGUGACAGUGGGGUUGCUAAACGCAGCAUGAAAGGUAUUAAAAUCCGUUCUAUAGAACCCCAAAAACUCCAUGAGAAAACUGGAGAUGGAUUUUUUGUGCUUUAUGACCUGCCAAAGAAGUGUUAUAUGAUCUCAGUCUUCAUCUCAGGGCAAACAUACGGACCUGUCGUUGACAGCCUCUGUUCUGCAGUAUUACUAUCUGACACUUUGUUCACAUCUGUGGAUUCAUUAUUACUGCUUACUCGUACCCAUCCUUUUCCUGUGGAAUAUACUGUAAUUGUGUUAGGUGCAAUUACUCUGCCAGUGACCUGGAAGGGAAUGUGAUCACUGAACAGCAGGACAGUUAUGAUAUUGAAUGCUACAUGUGCUUGUAUAUCUGUACAUUUCUGUGGUAAGUUGUGGUGCUAACUUUAGGAUAGUAAAGUAAAGUAUAAAUUAACGUUAAGUGCUAUCGAGCUAUAGAUUGUACAGGGCUUUGUUUUUUUGUUUGUUUGAAUUUGUAAGUUACAAAUAGGUCACAGAAGUGCCUUUUUUGUUCUGGUCGCACUUCAUUUUAGACUCUGUCAUUAUUGGCAAUUUAAUGCACUGACACAGAAUUUCAGAUACUGCACUCAUGCCACAGUAAUGAAUAAAAGUCAUGUACCAUCUAAAACAAA